AUGUCGUCGCGAAGUCCUCUCGGCCAUUCACCGCUUCAUCCUCAUGCCGUAUCCAACUCGUCGCACGUUCACGGUGAGGAGGAAACGGAUGCGGAGGAAGAAGCAGACAGACGUGGAUUCGGGAGCUACACGGAAAACAACCUGGCGGAGCAGAAGGAAGCAGACGUUUCGAGACAAACAGGCGAUCUUCAGCGGAAAGGCGACGGCAAUCAACAGAUCGAAAGUAACAGCGGGGGAGAGAGACGUGUGGGGGAUGGUGGAAGUAUCGGGGAGGAGGCACGCCGAGAUGAUAGGAACGGCAAGACGCAGGAGUGCUAUGGGGGAGCAUUUUGGCGAAAGAAAAGCGGUGACGCCUGGAAUGGCUUCGACUCCACCUUCCAGUCCUUGAAGAAGGGUUGGCCCUGGGGCGAAUCGAGAGUAACCAGUAGGCAUGGAGGAGAUGGGGGUGAUGGCGGUGAGGACAGCGAUGCGAAGGAGAGUGGAUGCGAGGAUGAGGUGUACGGCGCAGGGAGAGGCUCUGAGGAGGUCGAGCCUGGGACGCGCUUGCUGCUGCAGAUGGAUUCGAUACGGGAGGAUGGCGAUGACGAGGAUGUGAUACUGGCGAACGAGCUGGAGGAGAUCGAUAAGGAGGUCGUGCAAGAGGUGUUCAAUCGAGUCAGCCUGCUGCGCGACCAGGUGCAGCACUACCGCGCGCUGGGCGGGUUCGUGCUGCUGAUGGCGCUGUUCGUGGCCAUGGUGUAUCUGCAGGCCGACUCCUCCCGCACCUACCAAGUCACCUCCGCCCACUCCGUCCUCAUCCCCACUGUGAGCUUUCUAAACCUCAUAACGGCCUCUCAAUCCUCAUCCUCACCGUCAGCCCCCUCACUCCCACCGCACCUUGUAACUUGCACUCUCGUUCCUGCCUUACAACGACCCCUCUCGCUUCCACCGCACCGACCCCUCUCGCUUCCCAAAUGCACGAGUGCGGGCACCCAAGAGUCCACACUCACCACAUCAUGCACCUACCCCCCCCGCCUGCCUCCCAUCCAGAACUUUGCACCAGAUUCGUCCAAUCGGUUUGCAAGAGCGGCUGAUUUCUACGCGUGGCUGAACAGCAGCAUCAUCGAGAAAUUCUGGCAAGACCCGCCAUGCGGAGACGGUCUCUGCGACCAGCCACUUGAAUUCCCCGCGUUUGGCCGUUUCGGCUGUGAGGCGGACUGUGGGACGUUUCCGAACCUGACGUCCGUGUCGAUCCAUUUCACGACAUCCUUGUCGUCGGCUGCAGCCCUGGCUUUGUCCGCAUGGAACCUGUGCAUGCACAGCCCCAUCUCGCUCUGCUGGCACGCCCUCCCCCAGCCCUUCCCCGCCCAGCACGCCCAGUUCUCCCUCGCCCUCGACAUCCCCGACGGCCAAUGGGCGCUCUUGAUUACUGCACCAAUGGGCGGCGUGCAGGGGGUGCUGCAGGCGCAGAAGCCGGGGUUGGGGCAUCUGAGUGGGGACGUGACGAUGGGGUCGAGUAACAGUGUUACGCUGGCUAGCUGGGGCGGGUGCCUGGGAGGGGAGGGCUUGUCCGCUAGUGAAUCGAAUGCCACGCUGCUUCAAGACGGGGGAGAUGUCUGCCGACAGGCCUGUGAGUCCGUGGCAAUGUGUCUGAACGCUGCAUGUGGGCGGGAGGUGGCAGCAAGGGAGGUGGCGGGCGCGUUUGUGGAUUGUGUCAAGAUCUGCCGAGCAGCGCCGUCCACCAUCCUGCCAUACGCCACCAUGUCGUGCCUUCAGAUCACUGUUGUCAAGCCAUCCCUCUUCCCCAAUUCUCUCUGCACUGCAAGGGAUCGGCGGCAAACGCAGGAGACAGUUGCACCGGCAUCGCCUGGGCCAGGAAUGGCUGCUACACCUGCUGUGAAUUCCGCACAGGCAGCUGUUGUUUAUGCUCACCCUCCUCUCCCCUCCCCCCUCCCCUUCCCCCCACUUCCCUCCCUGCGUGCAGAGCUGCCACAUCUAUCAGAGGCGCCAAGGGCGUGGGAGCUGCUGGGGUCCACAGAGAAGCAGCGCCUGAGAGCGCUGCAGGUGGCGGUGUCCCGGGCCAUCUACACCAUGGUGAAGGACAGCUGCCUCGCCGGGCCCUACAUGCUCGGCCUCUCCGUGCGCUACCGCCUGCGCCUCACCGCCUUCCUCUGCACGCUGCUGGGCGGCCCUGUGCUCGACCAGCCGCUGUGCCGGUUUGCGGAUUCGACGGGGCACCAGCUGCUGCGUGCGCAGGAGCUCAACGACAAGGCGGUGUCAUCGCAGCAGCUGCGGCGAUUCAUAGACAUCCUCAUUGCCGCCCUGCAGUCCGUCACCACCAUGCCGCCCCAAGCCGCUGCCGACCUCUCCUCCUUCUUCCACCGCUUUGAAGACGCCAUCGUCAGCACCGACAUCGCCGGCUGCUCCCAAGGAGGCACGUGGCUGCAGUGGAAGGCGGGUGUGAAGCACAACACGACCAUCCAUGUGGGCGACAAGGUCACCUGGGUGUGGGAUGACGACCUCCCGCACUCCCUCAGAAUGGCGGGGAUGGGCGAGGUGGCCGACCCGCUGUUCGUGGGCUUCGGGGGGAACCGCCUGGCCGUGUCACGUCAGAUGGUGUGCACUCCCAUGAACGUGGGCGCCGGCGACAUGAGUGACGACCCCGUGCCCUGCGUGCUAAGAAUGGAUGACGAUCCUGCGGGCACAUUUGCGUACAGCAAGGUGUUUGGGCAGCCAAUCAGCAUCAACUACCACGAUGGCACUCUGCCAGCCGCGGCUGCGGACGCCCUCUCAUCCUCCUCCUCCCCCGCCUCCAUUGCGACUAGCAUUCUCACAGUGCUCCCUGCGAGCAAUGGGGUGGAUGCUGCUGCUGGUUCUCUCAAUACCACCACGGCUGUCACCAACACCACAAACACCACCGCUGCCAACAGCACGGCCACUGGCCGCACCAACACCAACACCACAACAGCGUAUGAGUGUGCGCCGGGCUGUCUGCUGCGGCAGCUUGCAAACGGGGUGUGCGAUGCAGCGUGCAACACGCCCUCGUGCGCCUUUGACGGCGGCGACUGCGCGUGUGUCGACCCGCUCUUCGGCCCCGGCAUCUGCGCCUGCCCGCCCGGCCACACCCGCGGCGACGAUGGCUCGUGCUGUCUAUCCAUGGCGGUGGGAGCCAAUCUCAACUUCCCCUUCUCACUGCAGCGCUACGGCCCCAACUACACCGAAAGCAACUUCGCCUUUGCGGCUGAGAGGGGUUUUCCGGUCCAGCGCUUCGUGUCAAGCCGUAACCGUCUGCUGAUUGGCAUGGUGCUGCAGCAGGACCGGUUGGGCACUCAGCAGUGCAACGGAUCGGGCCUGCUGCACCUGGAGGGGUGGUGCAGCAACGGCACGUCCAGGGAGCCGUUUGGAGUGAACCCGCACUUCCUGCCCACGUCGGCCAUCUACGACAGCGCUGCCAGCGCCAACAUGACCCAGCUCGACAACAACACCUUCGGUGACAAACUGCGCUUCAACCCGCAGGGCCUCCCGUACGGCUUCGUCUACCCUUUGGAGUCGCUCACCACCCACCCUUUGGUGUUUGACAUUAAUCUCGAUAACGAGGCGGCCACAAAGCGUCUACAGUACCUGGUGGAUGGCAGCUACAUAGACAAUGGCACGCGCAGUGUCGAUGUCACCUUCAUCACCUUCAAUGGCGAAACACUUACGUUCGUGCUGACCACAGUAAUUUGCAUGGUGAAAACGGGCGGCAGCAUGGCAGUAACGAUCAAGUCGCAGCCGGCAGCCAUGGCAAUGUACGAUGCAUCGGCGGACAACAUCACUCGGCUGGUGCUGGAGAUGGUGUAUCUGGUGGGGCUGCUCUGGAAUGUGUGCGGCGAGCUACAGGAGAUGGCAGACCGCGCUGCCAAGGAUGGCUCUUGGCUCAGCUACUUUGGCCUCGUGUGGAACUGGGUCGACAUGCUCUCCCUAACGCUUCAAGCAAUCGCCAUAGCACUCUGGGUGGUGCUGUGGCGGUACGUAUACGAAUUUGACAUGCAGCCACGCUACGACAUCUACUACACGCUGCUCGAGAUGCCACGCUACUGGGCCGUGCCCAACCCGCCCACAGGGUUUAUCAGCGCCAAUCAGGCCAUCGCUGAUCUGCGCAACAUCAUCAACCUCCGCGCCAUCUACUUCGCCCUCCAAGGCAUCAAGUGA